GGGCCGUGGGGGCUGAGGAGGGGGCGCGGAGGAGGAGGGGACUCUUUCUCCUGGCGGAGGGAUCGCGCUCGCUUGCGCUGCUUGGCUGGCGACGGCGGCGGCGUUGGCGGCGGGCGGCUGCGAGUUGUUGUUUCCUCCUCCUGCUGCUGCUGCUGCUGCCCGUGGGUUGAAUGGUGGAGCCGAGACUCUCCCCGCUGAACGAGCAGUGACAGCGACCGGGCGGGCGCAUUUCGCUGGGACCCGACGCUGCCGCGGGAGCGCGGCCCGGGCAACCCCCCCUUCUCCCCCUUUACCCCCCUCCCCUCCCCGGUUUUCGCCUCGCCAUGUCCGGGGACGGCGGCAGCCGGCACACGGCGGAGCUACGAGCGGAGCUCUACUUCCUCAUCGCUCGCUUUUUGGAGGACGGACCAUGCCAGCAAGCGGCUCAGGUCUUGAUCCGAGAAGUGGCGGAGAAAGAGCUGCUGCCCAAGCGCACGGACUGGACGGGCAAGGAGCAUCCCCGGAGCUACGAGAACCUGGUGAAAUACUACAGACACUUGGCACCUGAUCACUUGCUUCAAAUAUGCCAUCGACUUGGACCGCUUCUAGAGCAAGAAAUUCCACAAAGCGUCCCUGGAGUGCAGACAUUAUUAGGGGCUGGCAGACAGUCUUUGCUUCGUACAAACAAAAGUUGCAAACAUGUUGUAUGGAAAGGAUCUGCUCUUGCUGCACUACAUUGUGGAAGGCCUCCAGAGUCCCCUGUGAAUUAUGGCAGUCCACCCAGUAUAGUGGAUACCCUGUUUUCAAGAAAACUAAAUGGAAAAUACAGACUUGAACGCCUUGUUCCAACUGCAGUCUAUCAACAUAUGAAGAUGCACAAGCGAAUUUUAGGACACUUAUCUUCUGUAUACUGCGUAACUUUUGAUCGGACUGGCAGGCGAAUAUUUACUGGGUCAGAUGAUUGCCUUGUCAAAAUCUGGGCAACCGAUGAUGGAAGGUUGUUGGCUACCCUGAGAGGGCAUGCAGCUGAAAUAUCUGAUAUGGCAGUAAACUAUGAAAACACCAUGAUAGCUGCUGGAAGCUGUGAUAAAAUGAUCCGAGUUUGGUGCCUUCGAACUUGCGCACCCUUAGCAGUCCUGCAGGGCCACAGUGCAUCUAUAACGUCAUUGCAGUUCUCUCCACUAUGCAGUGGCUCAAAGAGAUACUUAUCUUCAACCGGGGCAGAUGGAACUAUAUGCUUUUGGCUGUGGGAUGCCGGCACCCUUAAAAUAAAUCCAAGGCCAACGAAGUUUACAGAACGUCCUCGGCCUGGAGUCCAAAUGAUCUGUUCUUCUUUUAGUGCUGGUGGAAUGUUUUUGGCCACUGGGAGUACAGAUCACAUCAUUAGGGUUUAUUUCUUUGGAUCAGGUCAGCCAGAGAAGAUAUCAGAGUUGGAGUUUCAUACUGACAAAGUUGACAGCAUUCAGUUUUCUAAUAGUAGUAGCAGAUUUGUGAGUGGAAGCCGUGAUGGAACAGCACGAAUCUGGCAAUUUAAGCGAAGGGAAUGGAAAAGCAUUUUGUUAGAUAUGGCUACUCGCCCAGCAGGACAAAGUUUUCAAGGAGUUGAAGAUAAAAUCACAAAGCUGAAAGUGACCAUGGUGGCAUGGGACCGCCAUGACAACUCUGUUAUAACUGCAGUUAAUAAUAUGACUCUGAAAGUCUGGAAUUCUUUCACUGGCCAGCUAAUUCACAUUCUCAUGGGACAUGAAGAUGAAGUGUUUGUGCUUGAACCUCACCCAUUUGAUCCAAGAGUUCUCUUCUCUGCUGGACAUGAUGGAAAUGUCAUAGUUUGGGAUUUGGCACGAGGGGUCAAAAUCCGGUCUUACUUCAACAUGAUUGAAGGACAAGGACAUGGUGCGGUUUUUGACUGCAAGUGCUCUCCUGAUGGACAGCAUUUUGCAUGUACUGAUUCUCACGGCCAUCUUCUGAUUUUUGGCUUUGGUUCCAGUAGCAAAUAUGACAAGAUAGCAGAUCAGAUGUUCUUUCAUAGUGAUUAUCGGCCCCUUAUCCGUGAUGCCAACAACUUUGUCCUGGACGAACAGACACAGCAGGCUCCACACCUUAUGCCUCCCCCAUUUUUGGUUGAUGUGGAUGGCAACCCUCAUCCUGCAAGGUAUCAAAGACUAGUUCCUGGUCGUGAGAACUGCAGGGAGGAACAGCUUAUUCCUCAGAUGGGAGUGACAUCUUCAGGAUUGAACCAAGUUCUUAGUCAGCAAGCAAAUCAAGAAAUUAGUCCAUUGGAUAGCAUGAUUCAAAGACUUCAGCAAGAGCAGGACCAGAGACGUUCUGGGGAGGCAGGAACCAGUAGUACCAGCCGGAUAAGCAGAGGAUCUGUAAGCUCUACCUCAGAAGUACACUCCCCACCAAAUAUAGGGUUAAGGCGCAGCGGACAAAUUGAAGGUGUGCGUCAGAUGCACAGCAAUGCGCCAAGAAGUGAAAUCGCCACUGAGCGGGACCUCGUGGCUUGGAGCCGCAGGGUGGUAGUGCCUGAACUGUCUUCUGGUGUGGCCAGUAGGCAAGAAGAAUGGAGAACAGCAAAGGGAGAAGAAGAAGUAAGGGUGUAUCGAUCUGAAGAGAAAAGAAAACAUGUAAUGAGUCACAUUCCAAGAGAAAACAAAAUACCUACUUUCCCUAAGAACCAUUCUCAUGAUAAUUUACUGGAUGCUACUGACUCAAAGAAACAAGCAGCCAAUCAGCACAACUACCGUACGAGAUAUGCAGCAGAAGAAACUGCAAGGCCUGCUGAAGAGUUGGAAAAUGGACACAGUUCUUCAGAUGAAGGGGAAGUAGUUGUUGCCAGUGGUGGAACAUCAGAAGAAGAUGAAAGAGCAUGGCACAGUGAUGGCAGUUCUAGUGACUAUUCUAGUGAUUAUUCUGACUGGACAGCAGAUGCAGGAAUCAAUUUGCAACCACCAAAGAAAAUUCCUAAAAUUAAAACAAAGAAAGCAGAAAGUAGUUCAGAAGAUGAAGAAGGACCUGAAAAACAAAGGAAGCAAAUUAAAAAGGAAAGGAAAAAGGGUAUUGAGGAGAAAGAUGGACCAUCAACAUCACCAAAGAAGAGGAAACCCAAAGAGAGAAAACAAAAGAGGCUGGCUGUAGGAGUUCUGGCAGAAAAUGGUUUGACACUGGAAGAAUGGCUGCCUUCAGCAUGGAUUACAGACACUGUUCCUCGGCGGUGCCCAUUUGUCCCACAGAUGGGAGAUGAGGUUUACUAUUUCCGACAAGGUCAUGAAGCAUACGUUGUAAUGGCCAAGAAGAACAAAAUUUAUAAUAUUAAUCCCAAGAAACAACCAUGGCAUAAAAUGGAAUUACGGGAGCAAGAGCUGAUGAAAAUAGUUGGGAUUAAGUAUGAAGUGGGAUUGCCUACUCUCUGCUGUCUUAAACUAGCUUUUCUUGACCCUGAUACGGGUAAACUGACUGGAGGAGCUUUCACCAUGAAGUACCAUGAUAUGCCAGAUGUCAUAGAUUUCCUAGUUUUGAGGCAACAGUUUGAUGAUGCAAAGCAUAGGCGAUGGAAUAUAGGUGAUCGUUUCAGGUCAGUGAUAGAUGAUGCUUGGUGGUUUGGAACAAUUGAAAGCCAGGAACCUCUUCAGCCUGAUUAUCCUGAUAGCUUAUUUCAGUGCUACAAUGUCUGCUGGGACAAUGGUGAUACUGAGAAGAUGAGCCCUUGGGACAUGGAGCUGAUACCGAGUAAUGCUGUAUUUCCAGAAGAACUGGGAACUAGUGUUCCUUUAACUGACGAUGAACGUAGAACACUGCUCUACAAACCUUUGGAUGGAGAGUGGGGUUCCAGGACCCGAGAUGAGGAGUGCGACAGAAUUAUUGCAGGGAUAAACCAGCUUAUGACUCUAGAUAUUGCUUCUCCAUUUGUGGCACCAGUGGAUCUUCAGGCUUACCCCAUGUAUUGCACUGUUGUGGCAUAUCCCACAGACCUCAGUACCAUUAAGCAAAGACUGGAAAGCAGAUUUUACAGGCGCCUUUCUUCGUUAAUGUGGGAAGUCCGGUACAUCGAACACAAUACUCGCACGUUUAACGAACCUGGAAGUCCUAUUGUCAAAUCUGCCAAAUUUGUCACAGAUCUUCUGCUACACUUCAUAAAAGACCAGAGCUGCUAUGACAUUAUUCCAUUAUACAACGCAAUGAAGAAGAAAGUGUUGUCUGACUCUGAUGAGGAAGAAGAGAAAGACACAAAUGUGCCAGGGACUUCCACUAGAAAAAGAAAGGAUCAUCAGCCGAAGCGGCGGCUACGGAAUAGGGCUCAGUCAUAUGACAUUCAGUCAUGGAAGAAGCAAUGCCAGGAGCUGCUGAAUCUCAUUUUUCAGUGUGAAGACUCUGAACCAUUUCGACAACCAGUGGAUCUUCUUGAGUAUCCAGAUUAUAGAGAUAUUAUUGACACUCCUAUGGACUUUGCUACUGUUAGAGAAACACUGGAAGCUGGCAACUAUGAGUCACCAAUGGAGUUGUGUAAAGAUGUGAGACUUAUUUUCAGCAAUUCCAAGGCCUAUACACCAAGUAAAAGAUCAAGGAUCUACAGCAUGAGCUUGCGCCUUUCUGCUUUCUUUGAAGAACAUAUAAGUUCUAUUUUAUCAGAUUAUAAAUCUGCCCUACGUUUUCAUAAAAGAAAUACAAUAAAGAAACGAAGGAAAAAAAGAAGUAGAAGCAGCUCAGUUUCCAGUAGUGUUGCAUCCAGCCCUGAAAGGAAGAGGAGAUUAAUAAAACCUCAGCUGAAGGCAGAAACUUCUGCCACUUCAUCAUCUUCUGCACCUGCCCGGUCGACAGCACUGAGACACGCUCCGCCUCAGAUGAACGGAAAAGCCGCUGAGGCCUCCUCCCUUGUGCGGACUCGAAGCAAUAGGGGGAUAACAGAUGUGGCUGUUACGGAGCAACCAUCCACUUCUUCAGGAGCAAAGCCUUUAACUAUAAAGCCUUUAAUUACAAAGCCUAAUACUACUGCAGGGUCAGGAAAGUCAGUACUGGAGAAUUCAACCAAACAUUCCAAGAACCAGAAUAUCGUAUCAAACCCUUCCCCAUCUGAUUACAGUCAUAACACUAGGAAUAACUCCACAAAAGAAAAUCCAGAGAAAGAGAAGCAAAUCAAGCGCAAAGUAAAAUCUUCCACUGUUAAUCCACAAGCAGAUUGCAAGAAUAAUGCUUUGGCAUCAGGAAGCAUCCAGGUAAAUGGACAUGGUGGACAGCCUUUGAAACCUCCAGUUAAAAGAGGUCCUGGACGGAAGCCCAAGGUGGAGACUAAUAACAGUAAUAACAGUAGCUGUGAAGUGGUGGUGCACAAGAAAAGAGGCAGGAAACCAAAAAAGCUCCAAAUUGUUGAACAGCAAAAGGAUGCAGAGCAGAAUACAAUCCAGACCACAAGGGAUGUACCAGAGGAAGCCUCUGUUUCUACUGCAUGCAAUUCUCUUUCUGAAAAUAAUGUGAAGGAAGACUUGUUACAAAAAAAAGGCCGAGGGGGUAGAAAGCCAAAAAGGAAGAUAAAGAGCCGCCAGCCAGGCUCAGACUUCUUAGCUCCUGCAAAUGUUAAAAUGCAAACAAGAAGCAGGAGGAAAAAGACACACGAGCCUAUGGAGGAGGGUUCUGAAGAGCUUAAAGAUUCUGAACCUCACAUGAGAACUAGAAACCAGGGUAGGAGGACAGCCUUUUACAAUGAAGAUGACUCUGAGGAAGAGCAAAGGCAGCUAUUGUUUGAAGACACCUCCUUGACUUUUGGAACUUCAAGCAGAGGCAGAGUCCGAAAGUUGACUGAAAAAGCAAAAGCUAAUUUAAUUGGUUGGUAAUUUUUACCAGGGGUUUGACUUCAGAAUGCUAUGAAGCAGGUACAGUUAAGGAACAGCAGAACAGACUUCUGCUUCCCUGCUGCUAUUAUGGGUUAGAAGAGUUUGUUCUGAUUCGAGGAGAAAAAUUUAGCAAAAUGAUAAACUGAAAGAACAUUCUUUAAAAGAAAUAUAUAUUUUAAACUUUUGCUAUUUAUUGCCCUCCAAAUAGGUUAUACAUUUCAACAGUCAUUUUGUUCACAGUUGAUAAUAAUUGAAGCAAUUUCUGACUGACGUACAGAGUUCAGAGCUACUCUGCUCAAGUAGUAUGUAAUAUCUCUACACAAUUGAAAAAAGGUAAUAGAACUUUUAAUUGCCACAAAUUGAAAACAGAAGUCUAUUUUUGACCAAGCAAGGUACACUUUGAUUGUAAAGUCAAGUCGCCUAGGAAGGCAGACUUUGGCAAAAAGUGGCAGUAAAUUCACUUGUAUUUCUAUUAAAUAAUAAAAUACCAAACUUUGCUAAUCUGAAAAAGUUGAAUUUCAGUUGUGAUGGAAUGUUCAGCUGCAAAAGAAGCCUAGCACAGGCCAUUGUUUAUCCAAGUUCUGCCAAACAUAGCAAAAAUGUAAUCACAAAUAUAUAUAUCCACAUUGGAAAAAGUUUGACUAAUGUCUAAUUUUUCAGACCUUGAUUCUUGUAUCAAUCUCUAAAUCUCUGUUUAUUGUGCCAAAGACUGAGAAUCAGUGCAGUGGAAAAACUUUUUUUCUUUUUGAGUGUCAGUACAGCAUACCAUUUGCAGUGAUAAAAGCUGUGUCUCGUUUUAAAUAGUAAGUUGUUAACAUUGUUCUGAAAUGUAUCCUUUUUGGUACUUCUGGUAGAAAAUAAUGCACUGGUGGGGUCCUUUGACAGAGAUGUUUUAGUCUAAAUGUAUAAUUGGUUAAAGGAUUCAAGGAAAUUACAGGACAGGUAUGGAAUUAUGAUGUUUACUUUCUGAUCCAGAUUGAUAGUUGUUUCUACAACUUUAGACAUGCUAAGAGGCUGAAAUGACCUACAAAGAAUAGUGUAUGUAUAUAUAUUAAUAUAUACAUAAACACAUAUGUCUGAAAUAUUACCCAGGUAUAAAUUUUUUUCAGGAUUUUUUAGAUAGCACUAGAAUUGAAAAUUUUAAAAUGUCAUACUUUAUAGUUUAAUUUUAAGGGGAAGAUUGGUUAUUUUCAAUUAUUAGGGUUAAAAGGCCAAAUCACUUUUUAUGCAAUCAUGUUUUAUACAGUGGUCUCAUUGCACAUUGUGUUUUUCUGCACUUUUUAUGGUAUAUCACGCUGACAUAUGUCAAUAUACACCCUAAAGAAAAAUUCCAUUUAAUGAUUGUGCCUUGUAUUCUAUUAUUUCUUGCAUCCUUACUAAAAUUAAGUUGUCUAUUGUAAAUGAUAACUAUAUGACUUAGGGGAAUGUAUUGUUAUAUGUACUGCUCUGGAAAAGAAAAGCAGUUAUUUAUUUGUUUAUGGUACAUUUAGUUAUUUUAUACCUUUACAAACAAACCUUAAUACCAUUUUCUAUCACUUAAAAAAAGUAUUGUCCAGUUUCAAGGAAAAAAAAUACAUAAAUAGUGGUAUUUACUGAGAUCUGGUAUGGUACAAAAAUGUAACCAAAAUUUUCUGGUUAUACCUUUUUUUUUUUGUUUUUACGCAUCAUCUGCAAUGUCUGAAAGGGAAGACAUGCAGAAUUAAGAUCUUAAAUUUGCACAGAUUCUUUAUAUGUAUUUGAGGCCUGAUUCUUCACUCUUUAUUUUCUUACAAAAAAAAAGCCUAAAAGUUUGAAGAAAGAAUAUUGGUACUUGCCACCAAGAGUAAUAGAAAUAGGCGCUGUGGAUAGCAGAUUAGUAUCCACCAUACCUUGUUUUAGGUAGUUCAUUUUGCUACAAAAAAUGGCUGAGAUAUUUUCCAGAUCCUCUUUGAAUUGUUAUGGAUUUGAAUUUGGGGGCCAGGGAUUAGUUUGUAUUUGAUUUGUUGGCAUAUUUAUUUGUUCUAACAAGCAUUUCUUUAUCAUCUGAUUAAAAUGGAGUCACUAAACAUGUGGUAAGAUAACAAGCUAUGUUUGUACAGUUGCAAUACAGCUUCACAAUUCAAAACUGAUCGAUCCUACUUGUUAAUUUUGUCAAAUCUCACUGAUGAAGGCAAUCAUUUGAAAAUGUGUAAUUUCCUGAUGUUAUCUGCAUUGUAAUAUAUAAAAUAGAUUAUAUCUAAAAUUCAUCUUCUGUAUUUACUCUGUUUGUAAUAAUGUUUUAUAUGGCAUGUUUAUGUAUAUAUUUAUAUAUCAACAAUACCUUGUGUGUAAGUUUUGGAGACUGAAAUAAUCUGAGUUCCCUUAACAGCAGGUAGAGGAGUGUACAUCUUAAUUUUACAAGGGUAGAAGGCCUUACCUGCAGAACAUGGGUACUGCUUCCCACCCAGUAAUAUUGGUGACUUUAGCCAGUAAGUUUUUGAUUCUUAUUAUACACAUUCAUGUUUUUCCUUUAAAAAUAAACUGUGGAUAAUUUGGAUCAAUUUUUAAUAGCAGCAACGCUAGACAUUUAUUAGAAAUUAAUACCAGAUUUAUUUAAAAGUUAUAUUUUUUAUAAUUUAAUUUCACUAGGUUUGCAAACUUUAUUUAUGAGACUUUGAGUCACCAUCAGACUGUAUUUUGCUUGGGGAAAAAUUUAUUAUUUGAGGUGGUUGUGAGAUACUGUAUCAAUACAGAAAAAGAGCUUUUGAUUACAGAGUCUUAGGUUUUUAAAUGUGAGCAAUAAACUAAUGGUCAGUGUUCUGAAAUAAUUUAAGAUCUAUAGUUAUAUGCAUGUUUUAUAAUGCCAUCUCAAGUACCUAACAACUGGUUCAGAAAAUGGAGUAUCAAAAUCUCAUGUGAUUGUUUUACAUUUGCAUUGUAAAUAACAUAGCUUCAUAGUCACAUACAUGCAAAUGAUCUGGCAGCAAUUAACUCAGUUUUAUUCAUUAAAUUUGUUUCUAUUUGACAUGGAUAUAUGAGGAUACUGUUCUGGUACUUCUACACUAUACUGGGAAAAGUUAAAAUUGGUAUUUGCUGCUGAGUGGUAUCUUGAUAACAGUGUGUUCUUUAACUGCCAGUGAGGAAAUACUUCUGCUUCUGUCCUAAGUGUGCUCUGAAUGUUUAACAGGAAUCAUUGUACCUGUGCCUACAUACUUAACAACUCUUUAGCCACUCUGUUUCUGUUGUUAGUGUGUUCUCUGGGAACUGAACUGAAAUCUUACCACUGUAGUGCUCAUUAUUAUUGUCAAUAUUGAACUAGAGCUCUUUGUCACCUGGCAAGGACCAGUGAUACAACUUUGCAGAGAAAUGUCUUCCUCCAGUGAUUCGACUGCUGUGAUAAAGAUUUACAGAUGUUUAUUUGUACAGUGUCCAGUUUGUACCUGUGAUCAGUUUGUUGAUAGACUUGUAAGGUUGAGUUGGUUGAGUUAAAUAUUACUAUGGCUUAAUAUUUGUAAAGCUAUUAAUUGAUAAAGGACCCUGAUGCAGCACGUAUAGAUAUUAAUAUCUAUUAAAAAGUGAAUUGUAGAGACAGCUUAUUCACUAUACUGCUGUACAAAUAUUUUUAAGUACCAAUUCUGUGCCAGAGGCUUUUGUCUUACCAAAAAAAGGACUACAUGCAACACAAAAAAUAGUCUGUCCAUUCAGUAAUUUCAAGCUUGUUAUGAUUUUUACACCGCAUUUUUAAAUAUUUUGCUCACAUUUGUUGGAUUGAGGACUACAAGUAAAUGCUUUAGUGUGUAAUUUGAAUUUAGGCAAAUGUUAAAUAGUUGAUUGGUUCUAUAAAAGCAAUAGGCUUAACUGGAUGGGACCCUUUCACCUUGUAUUUAUAUAGUAGAUUGGAGGUGAGAAGUUUUUAAGCUCACUUUCAUCAACAUUCACAUUUUAUUUGUAGCAUGUGAAUCUCACUGAGGUAAUUUUAACAUCACUGGUCAAUUAAAAUACACCCAUACCACAAUAUUUACAUUGUGUCCUGAGUCCUUACCUUAUUCUAAAAUAGUAUAUUUUUGUUGACAGUAGAUUGUCAAAGGUUUUUCUUUUUGCUUUUUUUUAACAGUGUUUAAAAAUAUUUAAUUAUAACUCUGCUGCAGUGCUGUGAUAGUCAAGGUAGAGGGUUUUGAAACCUCACCUAGAAACAGCAAAAGCUCAUUUUCUGUUUACGACCUAAACAAAGAUAAAUGAACUGUGUAAAAUGAGUAUAUCUUUUCUUUUAUCCCUGAAGUUCUUGUAACAGUUUGGUUUCCAAGGGGACCUAGAUAUUCAGCUGAUAAAAGGGCUGUUAGUUUUCUGCUGUAAAUUACUGUAUAUACAUGUUUGUUCGUUUGCAGAGGAAAGUGUAUUACAUUUCAUAAAUCUGGUCAAGGCUUGGCAAUGUGCUUCAAACAACAAAUCUGGCAUUGACAGCUUACAUAGCUUCUUGUUUUUGAAUCGUGAAUGCAGCUUGCUGACUUUCUAUGAUGUCUGGGGGAAAUCAGCAGGUAGCUUUUAAACCAGAGCUAACCUCCAGGUGCUCUUGUGUUUCUGCUGGUUUGAAUGUGGGAAUUUGCCAUGUCAUUUUUACAGUGUGUUAGAGAAGGAAACAUGCCAGGAAGCCAGAUUAAAAGACAUCUUAAAUUGCAGAAAAAGGUGAUUAGCUGCUUCCCCCUCACCACCCCUCCCCCCCCUUUUCCCAUGGUUCUAACAGCCUAUAGACACUCUGGAGAGAAACCUUAUAUGCUGCAAUAAAAUAAGGGUGAAUAAAUUUAGCUUUUAGGAGGUAUGUAGUGAGACAAGUAGUCAUUUGGGUCCUUUUUAAUGCAGAUAAAUACAUCAGGAAAUUCACUUCAAAUAAUGCAAACAAUACGUUUUAGGGAGGGAAAGUUGUACUAUACUAUGAAUUUCUACACUGAAAGAACAGACAACGAGGUCACACAAAUGAGGAGUAGAAAGAAAUAGAAGUACCUAUCAUGUACUGUGUGAUGUACAUGUACUGUUUUGUGCUUACAACUGUGCAGGUUGGUUUGCUAAUGCAUUGAGACCAUACAGAAGUUACAUUUUUGGACCAUACUGAAACUGCAGAAGUGUGGUGGACAACUGGAUAAUGAUCAUGCGUGAAUUAAAUUCUGUCAUAAUGUUUCAAUAUGUAUAGAAUGGAGCUCAACUUCAAGUAAAUUACCUAGAAAGGUUAAUUUUAAAACUGACAGAUUUUCAGAUUAAAAAUUACACUUAUUUUGUACAGAAUUAUGUAAAACACAAAUCUGUUGUAUGUAAUGAGUAACAGUUUUGAAAACUAUAAUUCUUUAGCUUUAUCAAGGCUUUUUUCCUUCCAGAAAUCUAGAUUAUCAUGUUAUAUAUAACCUGAAGUAUCUCACCAGGAUAACAGUGCCCUUUCUUUUUGUACAUAUGGAUUGGAAAUUUCUUUACUGUUAUGUGGACACUUUCUAUGUUAGUUUUGAUGCAUAAUACUUUGAAUCCUUUUAUACAAACUAGAAUGUAUGUGUAAGAAUUACUGUCACUGCAAUGUAGUAACUACAAACUUAUUUUUAAAUAAAUAGAAAACAUGUUUUUCUAA